AUGGCCAUGUUUGGAGAUCCAUUUGAAGAGGUUCCCGGUUUGAGAGAAAUGAGUGACAUUAAUGUUUUGUAUUUGGUCCGCGGCGGGUUCCAGCCGCGCCUUCCGACUUCGCUGCCGCCCCCAGGGCAGCAGCAGCAGCCGUCGCCGCUACCACGCCGACAGCCCGUCCCAUUGAUGCCUCCCGCGCAGCUUCAUACGGGAGCGCCCCGGGUGGUCGCUCCGGCGCCUGCGGUCCCUCUUCAGUCGCCACCGCCUUCGGAGCUGAUGGACGUCGACCCCUCAGCCGGGCCGCCUUCCCAAGCGGUGGCUGUGCAGCCUGUACUGCAGCCGCUUUCCUUGGGCACCCCCAAGGAGUCUGACACCGCAGCGCCUUGUCCGGCGCUCACUCAGCAGCCGUCGACGCAGCGUCAGGAGACGCUGCCUCUCUUCGUGGGUCCCGACGCCCCGUCGCGUCCAGUACCAGAAGCUGCGCCCGUGGUCACAGGCGUGCACCCUGACCUCGGUUUUCAGUUGGUGUUUCCCGAGGCCCCGCGCAGCCAAUGCUGGGGUGCGGACCGGGGACUGCCACCGACAAGUCUCCGCCCCGGUCUCUUCUGCUACGUCUGCGGCCAGACCCCUCCCCCGCCGUCGACGCUCGCCACGUCAUUAUUCCACGACGGUGCGGCGAUUUGGGGGGGAGGAGUGUUAUAUCCUAGCCAGUAA